AUGUGUUAUUUAUACGGCGUUCCACCUGAAAGUCUACCUUCAUCAUUUUCUCCACCACCUGCUCCAUCACCACCACCAUUGAUUAUUAAUGAAAGUGAAUUACCUACAGCAUCACAUGAAAUUGAAAUAUUGCUGUCGGAAAAACAGAAACUGGAAGAUGAAAAACAAAACAUUGAAAAAAUGAUUAAAAAAAAUGAAGAAGAAAUAAAUAAAUAUAUAAAUAGUGUAAGUAAACAUUGUUUUUUGGGUGUUCAAAUUAAAGGUAAAUUAUCUGAUGAAGUAUUAAUAAAAUUGUAUGAUGAUAUAGCACCAAUAACAUGCUCAUAUUUUCGUGCUACAUGUACAAGAAGAUAUGGAAUUGAUUUUCAAAACACUUCUCUUAAUUAUUUGGUUAUUAACAAAUAUAUAGAAGGAGGUGAAGUAUUUGCUUAUGUACAAAAUAAUAAUAAUAGAAUAUUAGAAAAAAGAGAAAAAGAAAAUAAUGAACUACGUCAUGAUAAAGCCGCUUUAUUAAGUAAGAAGAAAAUUGGUGAUUCAACAAAAUUCAUCAUCACACUUGGUGCAAUGCCAUCAUUAGAUGGAACACACAUCGUUUUUGGUGAAAUUAUACAAGGAUUUGAAAUUUUUGAAUUAAUAAAUAAACAAGCUGUUGAUAAUCUUGUACGUGCUGGUGGUGCUUCUUCUGGUGGUGAUGCUGCUGAUUUUGUUGUUAAUCAUCUUGUCGACAUAAUAAUAUAUUCAUGUGGUGAAAAACAAUAA